GGAAGAGCAGAACAGGCUGUCCUCUCCCUGGGAAGCAGGGGCCAGCAGCAGCCAAGUGACCCUUCCGCAAGAGAUGGUGGGUCCCAUUGUGCAGAUGACGCAGCACAGCCAGGUGCGGGAGCCGGUGCCCUACGUCGCACUGCUGCAGCACGAGAAGUGCGAGGAGCGGCUGUACCCCGCCGGGAAGUGGGCCUGCGUCACCAAGGGCGAGCCCUUGUACGAACAGAGCAUCUCCCUGGGCUUCAUGAAACUCAUGCGCUACAUCUGCAAGGAGAACUCCACAGGCCGCUAUCUGGGCAUGACGGUGCCCGUGGUGAACGAGAUCCGCCUGAGCGAGGAGGGCUCUGAGCUGCUGCAGGACGUCACCACUUCCUAUUACCUCCCUGGGGAGUUCCAGCCCAACCCCCCUCUGCCCACGGACCCCGACAUCCGCAUCGAGGAGAGACCGCCGCUCCGCAUCCUGGCCAGGUGAGCCCCCUCUCCCGCGGGAGGGGCGUGGAGGGGCGGC